CAUUUGUUUUGAUGCCACACUUGGUCGUACUUGGUCUGACAGCGUGGUGAAGAGUGGCAACGAGUGGUGUAAUAAACUUGCGUGAAAACAAUAUAAAUCUGGAGUGAUAACAUUCAACGGAAAGAUUAUUUACAAUAAAAUCUUGAUUGACGAGCUGCCUUUGAGGGCUUCAAUUUAGGAGCACGAAACUUUCGAUAAAGGAAAUAUGGAUUCAAGUGCUCCCAAAGAGACUUCGACCACAAUGAUAUAUACUUGUGGUGAGUGCCAUCACGAAAAUGAAAUUAAACCAAGGGAUCCUAUUCGAUGCAGAGAAUGUGGUUACCGUAUCAUGUACAAGAAACGUACAAAACGAUGUAUCCUUUUAUGGACCCAAGCUCCAUUUUAG